CUGGGCUUAAACAAGCAAACAGAACAGCCCCGAGGCCCUGGAUCCCAGAAGAGCUUUGACACAGGAUGUUUUCCAAUCCCCUCGUGAUUCCAAAGGCGUUAAAAAGGCCAGUGCCCCAGUGACUGGCUGGCAAAACCGCCCCCGGACUGUCAAUUUCCGAGUUGCGCCCAGCUCUGGGGAACACGGACACAGCCCACAUCAGGUGAACUAGAUCAUCCUUGCCAGGUGCCACGAGAUUCAGAUCCUGGAACCUACGUCUGACGCUCCGGCUGCUCCUGGCCCACGGGUGGCUGGCGCGAUGGAGCUGGGGGGAGCAGCCACUCUUGUCCUGGCUGCUGGUGUUCUGUGCCUGGCUCUCCUCUGGGACUGGAAACGGCAGCAGGAAAGCAGCAAAUUUCCCCCCGGACCGACGCCUCUGCCGCUUCUGGGCAACGUGCUGCAGCUGAGCGGGGGGGACCUGUUCACCUCGCUGAUGGCGCUGCGGGAGAAGUACGGCCCGGUGUUCUCGGUGCUCCUGGGCUCCCGGCGGGUGGUGGUGCUGUGCGGGCACGAGGCGGUGAAGGAGGCCCUGGUGGAUCACGCCGAGGAGUUCAGCGGCCGAGGAGGCAUGCCCACGUUGGACAGGAUCUUCCACGGUUAUGGGGUCAUCUUAGCGAACGGCGAGCGGUGGAAGCAGCUCCGCCAGUUCUCUCUCGCCACCCUGCGGAGUCUGGGGAUGGGGAAAAGCAGCCUCCAAGAAAGGAUCACGGAGGAAGCUCGGUGUCUGGUGGAGGAGAUCAGGAAGACCAACGGUUCUCCCUUCGACCCCAGCCGCCCCCUCAGCCACACCGUCGGCAAUGUGAUCUCCUCCAUCGCCUUCGGGCUCCGCUUCGACCACCAGGACCAGACCUUCCUGAGCUUACUCGACGUCAUCCAGAGCCUCUUCCUGGAGCUGACCAGCCCCUGGACGCAGCUCUACGAGAUGUUUCCAGGCAUCAUGCGCUUCGUACCCGGCCCCCACAACCGGAUUCUUCAGCACGUCGAGGUGCUGCACAACUUCGUCACCGAGCGGGUGCAGAGGAACCAGAAGACCUUGGAUCCUGGCUCUCCCCGGGAUUACAUUGACGCCUUCCUCAUCAAGAUGGAAGAGGAAAAGCAAAAUCCACAGAGUGAAUUCCACACAAAGAACCUGACGCUGAGCGUAGUCCACUUGUUUUUCGGUGGGACGGAGAUGGUGAGCGCCACCUUGCGAUAUGGGUUCCUGCUCCUGAUGAAGUACCCAGAGGUACAAGAAAAGGUGCAUCAGGAAAUCGAUGGUGUCAUCGGCCGGAACCGCAGCCCCGCUGCUGAGGACCGAAGCCGGAUGCCCUACACCCACGCCGUGAUACACGAGAUCCAGCGAUUCAGCAACAUCAUCCCGCUGGGGAUUCCACAUGCAGUGAUCCGAGACACUCAGUUCCGCGGGUACAUGCUCCCCAAGGGAACAGAUGUUUUCUGCGUGCUGGGCUCCGCCCUCCGGGACCCCAGACACUUCAGCGACCCAGAACGCUUCGACCCUGGGAAUUUCUUGGAUGAGAAUGGCGGCUUUAAGAAGAACCAGGCUUUUGUGGCUUUUUCCUCAGGGAAGCGGGUGUGUCUGGGUGAGGGUCUGGCCCGCAUGGAGCUCUUCCUGGUCUUUACCUCCGUCCUGCAGCGGUUCACCUUGCAGUCGCCCAUCGACCCCCAGGACAUUGACCUCACCCCAAAAGCGAGUGGGUUUUGGAACAUACCUCCUGAGUACAGGGUCUGUGCCCUCCCACGCUGAGGAGUCGUCAGCGGACAUGCCAGGAGAGCAGUUCCUGAUCGUGAAACAAACAGGGUAAGCGUGUGAUGGCCCCAAGGCUGGACCUGUGUCAAUGAGGAAGCUUUUCCAUGGUACAAUCUCAUUUGCAGGUCUUGACGCUGCACAUUCCUGGACAAGUUACCGCAGGCGUUCACUCAUGUUUUUUCUUUUUAAUGCCAAGAUAUCCCUGAAGCCAUGUACAGUUCUGGUAUGGAGAGAGCCCUCGGAUGGGGAAUGUUCAUGGCUUAGUGGUUGACGCGCAGGACUCGGGGCAUGACUCGGGGGGUUCUGUUCUCACCUUUGAAAGAGUGUGGUCUAGUGGUUAUAGCAAGCACCUGGUAGUCAGGAUGCCUGGGUUCCAUUCCUGGCUUAGGUGGUGGGGCUCGGGAGUGUGGCUUAUUAGAGGAGAGGAUUGGGACGUUGUGAUCAUGAGAGUCUGUAGGAU